GUUGCUGAAGCUGAACAGCUAGUGUUUUGUAUAAAAAGUAGAACUUUGUGCUGUGCCAUUUAAUUCAGAGUUAAUUUUCCACAAUGGCAAUAUUCUGUCGAAUAUGUCGAAUGCAGAUAUUCUCACAACCCAUCCUACUGACUAACAAUUCAGUAAGACAUGCCAAGCCGAUCAACGAAAUGAUUUUCGAAUGCACGCAAAUAUUGCUAACCAAAGAUAUCCGACUGCCGCAGUUCUUAUGCGAGUCUUGCUUGAUGCGACUGGAUGAGGCAUUCUCGUUCCUUAAGCUGUGUCGGGAAUCGGAGCGAAUGUUGACCCAAACACUACCCAUAACAGUUAGACCCCAAAAGACUGCAGAGGUGAUUGAUAUUACGCAGAUUCAAUCCAUCGAACCGCCAAGAACAAACGACAAAUCACAUAAUGACUCCAUGCCCGUUAAGUUAGAACUGGAACCCGAAGAGCUGACCGUGGCCGUAGACUAUGCAACAAGUUCCACCUUUUCCGCAUAUAACGUCCUCAUCGGUGGGGGGCACAAUGUGAAUCCAAAGGGCGAAAAAGACUGGUUGUCGGAGGCCCGCAAGCACCGGGAACGGCAGCGUAUUUCGACGGCAAAGCGACGCGCCAAAAUGACAUGCGACCAGCGGGAAAAGGAACGCGAAAGGGCACGGAUACGACAGGCUCAGCGGAGGGCGUGUCGCAGCGAGGACGAAAUACGAGCACAACGGGAACGGGAUCGAAUACGGCAGGCGAUGAAACGAGCCAGAUUUCGUCAUAUUGAAAUGAUGCAAACAACAACACCGCCACAACAUCAACAACAGCACCAGCAGCAGCAGCAACAUGAACAGCAUCACACCUUUCCACUUGGGACGGCAAUAAAUCAGCUGAUGGGCUAAACAAA